AUGGCCGACGAUGGAACCCAAUGGAGCCACACCUCAGGCGAGGCGGAAGAGCUAAACAUUGUAAGUUCAUCUGGUAAAAAUACCAAGAAGGAUAGAGAGGUGAGAAAGAAGAAGAGAGAGCAGAGAGAGAAGGAGAAUCAAGAGGCAAAGGAGAAGGACAUAAAGGAAGAGGGCGGAAAGGAGAAGGACGCAAAGUGA